UCAUUCAACGUGAUCGUAUAGAAGAUAGCGCAGCAUAGUAUAACGUAGUGCGGUGACCUGUAGAAUAAAUAGAUUUCAUACCAAAAAGGGAAUAAAUUGAGCCGUGCGGGCAUAUUGCAUUUUAUCGUUCACGUGUGUGGAUUGAGCCGUUCGAGAAGAAUAAGUUCUGAUAGAAAGCUGAACUUCCUUGGACUAAACCUCCACCGAAAGAGUGAUAAAUCAAAGGUCCACAUCGAACGUGGAGUGAGUCGUUUCCGUGAUAUUGCCAUCGAGUGAAAACCCACCGACUGGAAUAAUUCUUUGCUCUGCAAUUUUUCCGCCUUGAUCAUGGUAUCGGAUGCUGAGGGAGCUUCGGCGUGCCCGUCAAAACCUUCCGGCGAGGUGGAAGUUCAUGGUGGGAUCUGUCCGGUGUGCAAUCAGCCGGCGAAAAAGCGCUGCUCCGGCUGUAGUGCCGCUUACUAUUGCAGCGUCGAGCAUCAAAGGCAGGACUGGAAGAACCAUAAAAAUGUUUGCCAUCCAUUCAAAAUUUGUAGCGACGAGCGCUACGGACGGUACAUGGUGGCGACCAAGGACAUCAAAGCCGGCGAAGUCGUACUGAAGGAGUUACCGUUGGUUUACGGGCCAGCGCAAAUUACGAAACCGGUCUGCGUGGGAUGCUUGCAGGGUCUCACGGAGAAUCAAUUUUUGGAGUGCGAAAGAUGUGGUUGGCCAGUCUGCAAGCGAGAAUGCCAAGACCAUCCGAGUCAUAAAGCUGAAUGCAAAUUUACCAUCGCUCGAGGAAGCAAGAUGCAGCUGCGACACUUCUAUGACCCGCAUCCGGUCUAUCAGUGUUUGAUUCCGCUGCGCUGUCUGCUGCUGGCCGAGCGAGAUCCUGCCAAAUGGCAGGCAUUAAUCAAAUUAGAAUCGCACGAGGAGCAACGCCGUGGUUCGGAACAGUGGCGUAACGAUCGUGAAGGUGUGGCAAAGCUGAUUCCACGAUUCUUCAAGUGUGAAAACAAAUGGAGCGAGGAGGAAAUAUUAAAAGUAGUCGGAAUACUACAAGUCAACGGCCACGAAGUACCAUUAACGGAGCCUCCAUCCGUGGCCAUUUACAACAAUGCCUCAAUGCUGGAGCACUCCUGUCGGCCCAAUUUGUCGAAAAGUUUCACCUCAAAGAAGGAGAUUGUCUUCUGGGCGCCAAACUCCAUUAAGCAAGGUGAACGAUUGAGCAUUUCCUACUCGGACGUCUUGUGGGGAACGGCCAACCGUCAGGACCAUCUGCAGCAGACCAAACUUUUCCGAUGCACCUGUGCUCGUUGCCUUGACCCUACCGAGUUUGGCACAUAUUUGAGUGCUCUCAAAUGCUCUGGCUUUAAAAAGGAUUCCAACUGCCCGGGUAUGCUGCUUCCGGAGAACUUGAAGAACUGGUAUGGAGGCUACAUUUGCAACAAAUGUCGUGGCCUGGUAGAUGGCAAAGAGAUAACCAACAUUUUGGACCGUGCUCGGGUAGACCAUGAGGCGAUGCAGAAGGCUAAUGAGCAGCACUGUCACAAGUACAUAGCACACUAUGGACGCUGGCUGGGCCCGCAUCACCAUUUGUUAGUGGAUGUGAAAAUUUCCCUAUCGCAGAUCAUUGGUGGAGGAGACCCGAAUGCGAUUCAGAAAAUACCGGACGAUGAUUUGAUGAACAAAAUGAAAAUUUGCCAGGAACUUAUCGAUGUUUUCCAGAAGGUGUGCCCUGCCGAAGCCCGCGUCAUUGGAACCACACGGUUUGAGCUGCACGCUGCCCUGGCAGAGUUUGCCCGCCGGGGAGUGGAGUCGAUGAAUUCAGCCGUCAGAAGUGCUCUCGAGGAUUCCCUGUACAAUGCCGAGGAGUGUGUCCGGAUGCUUGCCCACGAACCCGAUGACCUGCCGGAGAGUAAAAUUUGCGAGCAGGCGAGAAUAAACGUGAACUCACUUAGAGUGCUUCUCGGUUUACAGGAAGGAUAGUUGAAAGCGCAGACAUCACACGGCUUUACUCGAGCUUGGAAAAAGACACCACCAAUUGUUUGAACUUGAUUUUUACCACAAUGAUUCUGACUUUGUGAACAUAAUAAAUUAUAGAUAUUUGAGAAUAUA